AUGGAACGCAAGAAAUCCGCAUCUACACCGGACAAUUACAUCCGCGCCAUCAUCUCUCUGUCUAGGAGAAAUUCGAGUACGUCUUCUUUCCCCGGAAACAAUUAUGUCGACAUCGCAGAAUGGCUGCUACAAGACCGCCAUAUUCUCAAUUCGAAAAUCGUGGAAGAAGAUUACAACCUCUUUUCUUCCAAGUCUGAACAUCCUCAUGACUUAGUCGUGGUAUAUGACUGCCGAGAGAGGAAGUGGGGCGUGAAACAUUACUAUCAAGACCAACAUGAAGUUUUUUCAGCUGCAGCCUCCAUUCUCUCUGAGAACUCAGGGCAACUGGUCUUCAUCCAUGGCUUCAUAUCACCGUCUUGGGUGUCGGUCCUUGGAAGUAAAUAUAAUAUCAAUCCCGAAUUCUUCAGGCGACACAUGGAUUUCUUAUCUAUCAAUGACGGUAGACACUGUUAUAGUUUCCCAUCGCUUACUAGCUCCUCCAACAACAUGUUUCGGCUCUGUGUGAGCACUCUUCUUCAUUAG